AUGUAUGACAAUCCUAAAACACUAAAAGAUUUGUGCAUUAACUAUGUGUGUAAUAACAUUGAAAAAGUUUAUAUGGCUGAACAAAUAAGUGAGACAGACUUGCAGCCUUCUGAACCAGAAUAUAUGUUUAUUGACAAUAAUGUAUACUUGCCAAUGGAGAUAUCAGAGAUAUUAUUAACAAAUCUAAGUAUCCGGAAUAAACUGAAUGAUGAAAUAUUAUCUCUAUUCAGUCAUAAAAACGUCUAUUUAAGGAAUGUUGUUCUACCGAAAACAAAACAUUUGACUACAAAAGGACUAAGAACUUUAAAAAAGCAUAAAAUAAAAAAAUUAAAAGUUCAUGGUUUAGAUUGUACAGUGAAUGAACUUAUUGGUUCAUUAGGAGAAUGGACGACCCAGAAUUUAGAAUCGCUAAGUGUUUCUAAUAGUUCGUUCAUUAGUAAUUCUUAUGAGGUAAAAUUUUGUGUUGUGGUAUCUUUAUCAAAAUUAAAAAAUUUACGCUCACUUGAUGUGAGUAAUACUGAGUUUAAUACCAAAAAUUUGUCUGCCAUCGUAGAAGACUUGCCUCUUUUGGAGAUAUUAGACAUUUCUAAUACAAAAGUUGAUACUCUAUUACCAUUAGAAAAAAAGAAAAAUCAAUUACGAAAAUUAAGUGUUUAUAAUUUAAAGGAAACUACAAUGAAUGUAAUUGCCUUCAGUCCACUCAAGUUUAUGACAUCACUGACACAUUUAGAUUUGUCUUCUGAAAAACAAGCUCAUCCAUUUGAAACUUUCAGCUGUGAUACACCUUGGUUGCAAUUUUUGACAGAUCCUAAUUGGUUACCAAAUUUGGUAUCAUUAGAUAUAUCGGGAAGUGAUAAUGUCGGUCCUAGAAUUAUGCAAGAUUUUUUAACUAAUCAUAAAAAACUCAGAUUUCUGGGCUUGAUGCAUAUGGAUGACUGUGGCUUAGCCAUGUUCACAGUUCCCACUCAUCCAUUAUAUAACCCUGACUUAGUGGUUACUGGUGUUGUAACACAAGAACAAUUGUUGACAGGCUUAAAACGUUAUCCUAAUCGCCCUACAUAUAUUCAAAAAUGUCUUUAUCACUUAUUUAAAUGGACAGAAAAGUAUAUAUCUCCAAAAGUUGACAUAAUUGAAUUAAUUUUAAAUGUAAUGAACUGUCUUUCUGACAGUUUUCCAGUACAAAUGGCAGGAACUGCUUGUCUUUAUAAUCUAACUAAAAGUGAUCUGGCAUCAAAAAUACAUCCUAGUGUCUUAGCUAAAGUAGUGGAAGCUACAUUAGAUGCCAUGGAACGUUUUCCAAGUUAUAAUCAAUUACAGAAAAACACGUUAUUGACAUUAUGUAGUGAUCGAAUACUACAAGAUGUCAAAAUGGAUAAGUUCAGAUGUGCAAAAUUAGUCUUGGAUUCAUUACAUUUUUUUAAUGAUGUUGUCAUGAACCGCAUGAGUGUUGCUAUAUGCAGUAUUUUAGCUGCAAAAAUUUCUACAUCUGAAACAUCUCAAUUGGGAUCCAACCCAAGAUAUAUGUCCAAAUUACUGUCAAUAGUUUGUGAAAAACUAACUAAUCAAGUUGUUGAUGUAACUAUGAAAUUUACAUUGAGUGCACUUUGGAACCUUACUGAUGAAUCCCCUACAACAUGUAAAGUAUUUAUUGAUGAAGGUGGAUUAGAACUAUAUAUGAAUAUAUUAAAUACGUUUAUUGAUGACAGUACGGUAGAAACCAAAGUACUUGGUUUGAUAAACAAUAUAGCUGAAGUACCACAUUUGCGAGCAAUGCUAUUUAAGAAUGAUAUUAUUCCUACUUUAAGACGUUUAUUGCAAUCGGAACAAAUUGAUGUAAGUUACUUUGCAGCUGGAAUAAUUGCACAUUUAGCUUGUGAACCUGGUUGGGAAACAUUUACUGCUAAUGGAAAAACUGAAGUCUUGGAAGAAUUACGGUAUGCUGUUAAACAGUGGGUAUCACCAGAAGGAGAAAUGGUAGCAUAUAGAUCAUUUCAGCCUUUUAUUGGCUUACUUAACUCAACUGAUACACCACAAGUUCAGUUAUGGGCUGCUUGGGCUAUACUUCAUGUUUGUACUAAAAAUGCUAAAAAGUAUUGUGCAAUGCUUAAUAAAGAAAAUGGAGUUGAAAUACUUCAAAAAAUUGCACUUGACGAGUCAGUUGAUCUUGAAGUAAGUGAACUAUGUUAUCAUAUAUUGGAUUUGAUGAAUGAAUUUAGGAGUAUUUCUAAUCCAGUGCUACCCAAUGAUACAUUUUAGUUUUUUACUUCAAAUUAUAGUAUUCCUUUAAAUUAAAAGUUAUAAUUUUUUUUUUUUUUUUUUUUUUAACUUCUUGUUUAUAUUUUAUUAUAUUUUUAUAAUUUUCUUAACAUAUGUGUUGUAAGUAUUGUAUACCUUUGGCUUUAAAUUGAGAUUGAAAAAAAGUACCAUGUAAAAUGAAAAAUGUAACAAAUA